AUGGCCGACCCGAGCUCUGCCGCCGCCGCCGCGCCCGCCUCGCUGUUUGGCACUGGUGCCAAGCGCAAGGCAGAGACUGGGGACAAGCCAGAGGUCGUGAAGCGGCACCAGCUGAAGAACGUCGACACUGUCGCCGCAAAGCUCCUGGACCCCUACGGCGUGAGCCUGCUUGACGAGAUAGACCUGGAAGCUUUGUGGACCGUCGUAUCAAAGGGAGACCACUACGCAAAGUUCUACAGCGAGCUUGCCGCCUCUGACCUGAACUGCCCUGACCCGGUGUACCGCGUCGGCAUUGGCCUGUCCAGGUUCGCCCAGACGUUGGAGACCGCGAUCGAGACCUGGUUGAGGCAAGACGAGCUCCGCGCGAUGAUGCUGCCGAAAGUUGUGGAGAAGAUUGACAAGGAGGCAAACUUGCUGCUCCCACACAUGAAGGUGCUCAACAUCGGGAAAGGAGGGCCGACCACGCAGAAAGACACGCUGAGCGCACUGAAGAAGGAGCGAGCGUCGAAUGCCCCGACUAAAGCACCACCGGAGACUCCUGCCCUCGAAGCAGCAGGGGCUAAGCUCCUGGAGUUCCUGGCUCUCGGCACCAAGAGCAAUCUCGGCAUGGCGUUGUCGAACCUGUCGACUGGCGGCAUCUUCUACUCUGCCUCCGCCCAGGUGAAGACUGCGAGGGCCUGGGCCGCCCACAGCGAGAAGACGGGCUCCACUGUAGACCAGGCGUACGUGGUGAAGUGCAUCAAGGAGAGGGCCAGCGUCUCGAAGGAGCCCGCUGCCUCCCGGAGGUUCGAGCGCGAGAGAGCGACGGGGGACCUGCUCACGAAGUGA